UAUAAAUAAACGAAUUUUAUGGAAAUAUUGGACUAUUCGUAAGAUUAAAGUAUCGAGCUGGUCACAAGUGAAACGAUAGAAUAUGUAAAUUGCUGCGUAUUUACAGUUAUGGUGUCUUCUUCCAUGGUUUCACCAUACACAGCGUGACAAUGGAUUGCAAUAGAUGACGGAAUCUUUAAUCUUUUUCUUUUUUUUUUUUUUUUUUUACGAUAACCUAACCUCUCUCUAGAUAGCGACUGACCGAGCACGAUCGCUUUAACUCAAAUGACAUAUCUCGCGCGAAAGUCCUGCUGUUCAUCAAGUAAAAGGCUUCCAAUUAAAAAGCGAGAGUGAUAAACAAUGAACGUGCAAACGAGACACCCUUACGAGGGUUUGCUACACAAAUAUACGAAUGCCAUGAAGGGCUGGCAAUACCGUUGGUUUAUCUUGAGUCCAGAGACCGGCGAGCUGCAUUACUUUCUCAGCGAGUCUGAGAAGAAUCAGAGGCCACGGUGUUCGAUUUAUCUAGCAGGAGCUGUAAUAGCCCCCAGUGACGAAGAUUCUAACACAUUCACCGUCAAUUCUGCUACUGGUGACAUGAUCAAACUACGAGCCACAGAUGCACGAGCACGCCAGGAAUGGGUGGAUAAGUUACGAGCAGUCACAGAAAUGUAUACUAGGGCGAUAGCCAGCAGCCAUCCUCCAUUGCCACCACGAGAACAUUCUGGGAAUUCGAGUAGGAAUCCUGUUGUUAAGCUGGAAGUAUUAGAUGCCUUUGCCAAUUGCCAGGAACAAUUGAGAAAGGUGGAGAAGCACAAUCUUGCUCUAGCACAAUCUAUUGAAAAUUCGGAUUUGCAUCUGGACUCUGAUCUCUUAGUUCUCAAAGCUAUGGCGCAUACCACUUUGCAUACACUGAGCCAAUGUCUUAACAUAUUAUAUCAGUAGGAAGUUAAUCAUCUAUUUUUAUGCUUGUCAAUAUUGUGAGAUUUUUAUACCUGCGAAUAUGUAAGAUUAUCUUCUCUGUCAUGCAACAUCCAUACUAUUUUAUUUUAAACAAUUAUGUACUUAUCUAUAAUUA